AUGGUGGUGACGGAUAGUGAGGAUGGUUGUGGAGAUCACGGGAUGUUGACGCCGAUGUUGAUUGUCGUAAUUGGUGACGAAAAAGGUUAUAACGACGGUGAUUAUGAAGAAUGGGAGCCACUUGAGCCUGGACUGAAGUUAGCUGUAACACUGAGGCAUCUAGCUACUGGUGUGAAUUAUGCAGAUCUGAUGUAUUCCUUCCGUGUGGCCCGAAACUCCAUAUCACUCUUCGUACCUGAAGUCUGCGAAGCAAUCAUCUCAGCAUACAAAGAAGCAGUCAUGCCAGACAACAUCCCCGAAGAAGAUUGGUUGCGCAUAUCAGCAGAGUUUGAAAAAGUCUGGAACCUUCCACAUGCUUGCGGUGCGUUGGAUGGCAAACACAUCAGAAUCAAAAAGCCUGCUGACUCUGGUUCGUUGUUUUACAACUACAAGAACUUAUUCUCUAUGGUGAUGAUGGCUGUAGUGGAUGCUGACUACAAGUUUAUAUGGUUGAGUGUUGGUUCAUAUGGAAGUUCCUCUGAUGGCCAGAUAUUCAACAACUCAGAACUGCGACCAAUGCUGGAAGAAGGAACCCUGGGCCUUCCACCACCAUCUCCCCUUCCACAUGAUGACAGAGACACUCCCUACUUUCUGAUUGGUGAUGACGCCUUUCCACUCAGACCAUGGAUGGUGAAACCAUACUCAAGAAGACAUCUGGACCAUGACGAGCGCAUCUUCAACUACAGACUGUUUCCUGCACGUAGAGUUGUGGAGAAUGCUUUUGGCAUUCUUGCCAUGAGAUUCCAGAUUCUGCUUGGAACUAUGCAACAAGUACCAGAAACAGUAGAUUCCAUCGUCUUGGCCUGUACUACCCUCCACAACUUACUAAGGAUCAGACAGCCUGCAGCACUACGCCAGUAUGUUGAUGAAGAAGACAACAGUCACAACUUAGUUCCAGGACAAUGGAGACAGGGUACGGAACUUGCUGAUGGAGAGGCAUGUUAUCAGAGAAAUGUUGCCAACGCUGCUGGUACCGCACAAAGGAACUAUCUUAAAGAGUACUUAAACUCCGAGGCAGGGGCUGUGGAAUGGCAGGAGAACAUGAUUUGA